UUUUUUUUCUUUCUUUCUUCCUCCAUCUUUCCUCCUCUCUCCCACCUCACUUCUCUACCCUCUCCAUCAACUCCCCAGGACCAUCAAUUAUCAUCGGAACUCCGACUUGCUCAUUCAGUCCGUUCCUGAUACCAAAAUCUUUUCUCUCUCUCCCUCCAUACCCUAGUUCACUUGCUCGCCUUUAAUCGUUUCUUCUUCCCCUUCCUUUACUCCUCCCUCGUCAAUUGACAGUAAUAAAGACCACUCUCUCUAAUGCCUAAUUAAUUUACUCCAACAAAAAAAUGACCUUCACAAAGAAAAAGUCAUUGGCCUCAACGGCCACACGACUGCUCUCGACUGCGGCAGUGAUCGCCCUCCUCUCUUCAUCAACGAUGAAUGUAGUGGAAGCCAAAAUCACCUGUGAAUCACCCUCUUCUGGAUCUUACAAAGUUGGAGACUCAGUUAGCCUAUCGCUUAGUGAUAAUGGUUGGUGGCCCAAGGCGAAGGAUAUCCACUCGGUCACUGCAAAAGUUAGUUGCUCUGGUGGUGGCGAAAUUGCAUCAUUUGGAACUUCGAAUGGUGGGUCAUGGACUAUCCCCGAGAGCGCGUACAGCUCAUGUAAUGGCCAAAUCUAUAUUGAAUAUUCUGGCAAAGCCUAUGAUGUCUUGCAUUGGGCAGCUGUCUGGAAAUAUACCGCCACCUGUGACUCCAUCUCCAUCUCGGCUCCACCACCGCCUCCCCCUCCUCCUCCUCCUCCUCCACCAUCACCACCACCAACCAAACCUCCACCCACCCAACCACCGACGCAACCACCUACACAGCCACCUACACAGCCACCUACGCAUCCACCCACGAAACCACCAGUGGAACCACCGGUAGAACCACCAAAUCCUUCAAAUCCUUCAAAUCCGGAUCCCCCAAAGUCUAGUCCAGAAAUACCCCCUACUCAGCCGACUCCAGCACCUAUCUACACAAGUACGGUCAUAUCCGGUACAUCAACCAUAAUUGCAAUCUCUACAACUGCCCAGAUCACUGGAGUACCCACAGGAACAUCCACGACUUUUGACCCUAAUGGAACUCAACUCCCUGGAUUGCCACCGAUGGAAAGACCAGACACAGAGAGUCAAAAGUCUUCCAACACCAAUGUGCCUGCGGCCGCAUUGGGCGCUGUCGGAGGCGUCGCCGCCUUGGCUUUGAUUGUCUUUGGGUUGGUCAUGACUAGGAAACGCAAGAGGAUGCGCCAGGAACAGCAAGACCGUUCCGACCUUGUAGGAAAUCUUGAAAAGCAUGGCUACGCCUAUGAUUCAAACAUGGUCACUAGCGCAGAUGAUGCUUCCAUGCCGAGCUUACAUCAUGCCUAUGGUUCUUCUGCCUCUGGACUCUAUGGCGCUAAUAAUGGCAGUGGUUUUGGUGGGAACGGGAGCGGAUACGGAAACGGAAACGGCUAUGCACUGGCAGCGGCCGGCGCUGGCGCUGGUGCUGCUGCUGCUGCUGCUGCUGUUGGUGCAGGAGCCUAUGCCCGUGAUCACCAAGGUGCUGAUCCUAAUAAGCGUAUUAGUGAUCAGAGCCUUACACUUUUGCCCUUCCCUGUUCCCUCUGCUACCAAUGAGGCUCUAAAGAAACAGUAUGACCUUGUGAAUCGAUUGUCAGUUUCAAGUCAAGAAUCAUUGGAUGGACCUUCUGAUGCUGGGGCGAUUGCUGCGGCUGCAGCUGCAGUAAAUCAUCAGCUAUCAUUGAAACAAGAAUUUGAGGAGGAGGAGGCAGUUGCUGCUGUUCUUGACAAGUCUAGUGAUGAUGAUGAUGACGAGGAGCUUUAUUAUUUGCCUGUCGGCUCUCCCAGUCAAACGUAUCUCUCUGCCCGUGACUCCCCAGUGACGGGCACUGAGAGUGUUGUGGCUCCCACAGGGACGCGAUCAUCCAUGACUACUUCUGCUUAUGAGACUGUCCCCUCAGGAUCCGAAGCCUAUGCCGACUCGCCUGCCAUGUCGGUCCAAAGCUUGCAAAGUCAAGACAUUGCUGUGCCUUCUAUCCCUCCCUCGGACUGGCGAUUGACAGGAUCUGGACGGCCUGAGAGUAGCCAUAUCCGAGAGUUAAUUCGAAACGUAUUGGAUGAUGAUUAAUAAAGCUCU